UGAAGAGAGCCUCAUGAUGAUGGGUAGUGAAGAGAGCCUCAUGAUGAUGGGUAGUGAAGAGAGCCUCAUGAUGAUGGGUAGUGAAGAGAGCCUCAUGAUGAUGGGUAGUGAAGAGAGCCUCAUGAUGAUGGGUAGUGAAGAGAGCCUCAUGAUGAUGGGUAGUGAAGAGAGCCUCAUGAUGAUGGGUAGUGAAGAGAGCCUCAUGAUGAUGGGUAGUGAAGAGAGCCUCAUGAUGAUGGGUAGUGAAGAGAGCCUCAUGGUGAUGGGUAGUGAAGAGAGCCUCAUGAUGAUAGGUAGUGAAGAGAGCCUCAUGGUGAUGGGUAGUGAAGAGAGCCUCAUGAUGAUGGGUAGUGAAGAGAGCCUCAUGGUGAUGGGUAGUGAAGAGAGCCUCAUGGUGAUGGGUAGUGAAGAGAGCCUCAUGAUGAUGGGUAGUGAAGAGAGCCUCCUGGUGAUGAUGGGUAGUGAAGAGAGCCUCAUGAUGAUGGGUAGUGAAGAGAGCCUCAUGAUGAUGGGUAGUGAAGAGAGCCUCAUGGUGAUGGGUAGUGAAGAGAGCCUCAUGAUGAUGGGUAGUGAAGAGAGCCUCAUGAUGAUGGGUAGUGAAGAGAGCCUCAUGAUGAUGGGUAGUGAAGAGAGCCUCAUUCUGGUGUAA